GGUGACCAAAGCCACAUAAUGUCCGUAGUUCAUUCAUCCAUCCAUGCCAAGUGGAUCGUGGGGAAGGUGAUUGGGACAAAAAUGCAAAAGACUGCUAAAGUGAGAGUGACCAGGCUUGUUCUGGAUCCCUAUUUAUUAAAGUUUUACAAUAAGCGGAAAACCUACUUUGCUCACGAUGCCCUUCAGCAGUGCACAGUUGGGGAUAUUGUGCUUCUCAGAGCUUUACCUGUUCCGCGAACAAAGCAUGUGAAACAUGAACUGGCCGAGAUUGUUUUCAAAGUUGGAAAAAUCAUAAAUCCAGUGACAGGAAAGCCCUGUGCAGGAAUUACCUACCUAGAGAGUCCAUUGAGUUCGGAAACCACCCAGCUAAGCAAAAAUCUGGAAGAACUCAAUAUCCCUUCAGCACAGUGGAGGAGGAGUGGAAGAAGGCACUAA